AUGUCAAAGGACCCAGAACGCAAUGUGUUCGAGGCCUUGGCAUCGCAUACGGCCAGCGGUGACAAUGCGACCGAGGGGACGACGGAGGACCAGGCCGUGCAGAAGAUUGCGUAUUCUGAGUCGAGGAAGAUUGGAAUUACGGGCGCAGUAUUUCUGAUUUUGAACAAGAUGAUCGGGACUGGCAUCUUCUCCACUCCUUCGGGCAUAUUUGCCGCCACCGGCUCAGUUAGUGUCAGCCUUUUCUUGUGGGUCAUUGGCGGCAUACUGACAUUCGCGGGACUAAGCGUGUUCCUCGAAUUCGGCCUUGCUAUCCCCCUAUCCGGGGGCGAGAAGAACUACCUCGAGAGGGUCUACCGCCAUCCUCGUUACCUGGCUACUUGCGUCCUGGCUUCCCAGAUGAUCCUGCUUGGCUUCUCAUCUGGAAAUUCCCUCGCCUUUGGCCGAUACAUCUUAUACGCCUCCGGUAGUACGGAACCAGACGGCUGGGCAGCCCGCGGCAUCGCAGUCGCGUGCAUCACCUUCGCGGUGGUGCUGCACUCGACUUUGCCCAAAUGGGGUUUGCGGCUUGUCAAUGUCUUGGGUAUAUUCAAGGUUGUUAUCCUGCUGCUCAUCGUCUGCUCUGGUUUCGCUGCCCUAGCUGGUCGACGGUUGGUGCCUGAUCCUCACAAUUUCGACAAUGCAUUUGCGCUCGAGAAGGGAAACGGAUAUGGCGGUGGAGGCGCAUAUGCAUACGCGACUGCGCUGUUACGAAUCAUCUACAGCUACAAAGGGUGGGAGAAUGCGAACUACGUCGUCGGUGAACUGCGACAUCCCCGCAAGACUCUCGCAAUCGCCGCACCUGUCGCUAUAGGGGGAGUGACGAUCUUGUACGUCUUGGCCAAUGUGGCUUAUUUUGCCGCCAUCUCGAAAGAAGACCUGGCCAACUCCGAAGUCAUUGUGGCCGCAGUCUUCUUCCGCAAUGUAUAUGGCAAUAGCGCGGCAGCUCGAAGCUUACCCGCCUUCGUUGCCCUGAGCAACUUGGGCAACGUUCUGGCAGUCAGCUUUGCCCAUGCGCGGCUGAACCAGGAGUUCGGUAAGGAAGGGUUGUUACCCUUCAGCUGGUUCUGGGCAUCCAUCAAGCCUUUCAAUGCCCCUGCUGCUGCCCUUUUCUUGCACUGGAUCGUAACGGUGAUAAUCCUGCUUGCUCCCCCGGCUGGGCCCGCGUACAACUUCAUCGUAGACCUUUAUACCUAUCCUGGUGCUUGGAUCAACGGAUUCGUUGCUGCGGGUCUUAUCUACUUGCAGUUCAAGCAAUCGGAGAACUGGUCUUCGCCUUGGCAUACUUUCCUGCCGAUCAGUGUGUUGUAUCUUCUGGCAAAUAUCUUCCUCGCAUUGGUUCCCUUUAUUCCUCCGGAUGGUGAUUGGAACGCUGAGGGCUACCCCUACUUUGUUUUCCCUGUCGUUGGAGUCGGUGUUUUGCUUCUCGGAGGGGUAUACUGGGUGUGCUGGACCAAGAUAUGGCCUUCGAUUGGGGGAUACCGAAUUGAGGCCCAGAGGAUAGUACAAGAUGAUGGAGUUGAGGUUGUGAGGUAUCGAAAGAUCAUUACAAGAUAG